GGCGGAGGCCUGGGGACAGCAGACGAGGCUUCGCCCGAGCCCAGCGCUUUUUCUUCCGCCGCGCAGUCUCGGGGCGGCGUGGGCUCGUGGGGAGCGCGAGGCAGCCGAGGUGCCCGCGGUUGGGAGGCCGGCCCUGGCGCACCCCGCGCCCGCGCCUGCUGACAGCUGCAGCUGGGCUCGAGCUGUCCGCUCCCGGCUCCGCGGCCUCCGCCCCCUCGGGCUCCCUCCCCUCCGCCUCUACCCCUCCUGCUCCGGUGCGGAUCGUUUCGCAACUGCUCGCCGCUCGCCCCGUGCCCGGCUGUUUUUCCAUUUCCCGGUCCCUCUUCUUGAGUACUUUGCCCCUGCAUUUGAGGAGAGGGGCUGGAAAGGGGGCGGGUGGAACGACCGGAGGAGAAGAAGGAAGCGAGGCCCGGAGGAGGAGGAGGAUCGGCGGACCGUAGGGAGGAGACCCCACGCCACCCUUUCUGGUCAUCUCCCCUCCCGCCCCGCCCCUGCGCAUACUCCCUCGCCGGCGAGCUACUUUCGGACGAGGAAAGUGAGGGCGGCCCUGGGUGACAGCACCGCGGGACUAGUCCUGGGGAAGCCGCGCGUCUGCUCGCGUCUUGUCCGCCGCGCUCCCAGCUAGGGGUACAGCCCGGACCGAGGAUGGCUUCGACUACAACCUGCACCAGGUUCACGGACGAGUAUCAGCUUUUCGAGGAGCUCGGAAAGGGGGCAUUCUCAGUGGUGAGAAGAUGUAUGAAAAUCCCUACUGGACAAGAAUAUGCUGCCAAAAUUAUCAACACCAAAAAGCUUUCUGCUAGGGAUCAUCAGAAACUGGAAAGGGAAGCUAGAAUCUGCCGUCUUUUGAAGCACCCCAAUAUUGUGCGACUUCACGACAGCAUAUCGGAAGAGGGCUUCCAUUACUUGGUGUUUGAUUUAGUUACUGGAGGUGAACUGUUUGAAGAUAUAGUGGCAAGAGAAUAUUACAGUGAAGCCGACGCCAGUCAUUGUAUACAGCAGAUUCUAGAAAGUGUAAAUCAUUGUCACCUAAAUGGCAUAGUUCACAGGGACCUGAAGCCUGAGAAUUUGCUUUUAGCUAGCAAAUCCAAGGGAGCAGCUGUGAAACUGGCAGACUUUGGCUUAGCCAUAGAAGUUCAAGGAGACCAGCAGGCGUGGUUUGGUUUUGCUGGCACACCUGGAUAUCUUUCUCCAGAAGUUUUACGCAAAGAUCCUUAUGGAAAGCCAGUGGAUAUGUGGGCGUGUGGGGUCAUUCUCUACAUUCUACUGGUUGGAUAUCCACCCUUCUGGGAUGAAGACCAGCACAGACUCUAUCAGCAGAUCAAGGCUGGAGCUUAUGAUUUUCCAUCACCAGAGUGGGACACAGUGACUCCUGAAGCCAAAGACCUCAUCAAUAAAAUGCUUACUAUCAACCCUGCCAAGCGUAUCACAGCCUCGGAGGCACUGAAACACCCAUGGAUCUGUCAACGUUCUACUGUUGCUUCCAUGAUGCACAGACAGGAGACUGUUGACUGCUUGAAGAAAUUCAAUGCCAGAAGAAAACUGAAGGGUGCCAUCUUGACAACUAUGCUGGCUACCAGGAACUUUUCAGCCAAGAGUUUGUUGAAGAAACCAGAUGGAGUAAAGGAGUCAACUGAGAGUUCAAAUACAACAAUUGAGGAUGAAGAUGUGAAAGCACGAAAGCAAGAGAUUAUCAAAGUUACUGAACAACUCAUCGAAGCUAUCAACAGUGGGGACUUUGAAGCUUACACGAAAAUCUGUGACCCAGGCCUUACUGCUUUUGAACCUGAAGCUUUGGGUAAUUUAGUGGAAGGGAUGGACUUUCAUCGAUUCUACUUUGAGAAUGCUUUGUCCAAAAACAAUAAACCAAUCCACACUAUUAUCCUGAACCCCCACGUACAUCUGGUAGGCGAUGACGCUGCCUGCAUAGCAUACAUUAGGCUCACGCAGUACAUGGAUGGCAGCGGAAUGCCAAAAACAACGCAGUCAGAAGAGACACGUGUGUGGCACCGCCGGGAUGGAAAGUGGCAGAAUGUUCAUUUUCAUCGCUCGGGGUCGCGAACAGUACCCAUCAAGUAAAUAUUUCCAGGCUGUCAGCUUCUUUGUUAAUAUACCCCUGCUAAGUAUCAACAGUGCCACUUCUGCAUUCUCUGUUCUCACCUGGAUGGUAACCCUGGGCCGUCCUCUCCUCCUCUUCAUGCAUGUUUCUGAGUGCAUGAAGUUGUGAAGGUCCUGCGUGUAAUGCAUAUGUGAUGCAUCAUCUUGUCAUAUAUUCCUUCCUAUACAUUGUUUACACUUCAACUAUGGAGAUGUUCCAUGCAAACUUCAAUCACUGUUGGCAAACAAUAGGGGGAGGUAAGACAAAAAAAAUUCCACAAUACUCCAAGUACAAACCUAUUCAUCCAGUUUCUCUGCUUAUGCCAAGACUUAACAGACUUCAAAAUUAUCGUUCUUUGAAUGACAGUUUGUAACAGAAAUGUAAGUUUUUAAAAACUCUUUGCUGUUCAUCUGUUUUAGCUUUUUUGUUUAACAAAAAAAGGCAAAAAAAAAUUACCUUCAGUUUCCUGGUGUGAUCCUGGUUGAAAUGGAUGAUUUUUCACUGAAAGCUGUGUUGCUGUUUAACAAUUAAAUGGGUUGAUAUGUGGGCAGAAUCACUUAUGAAUGUGGAAGCGAGAAUCGGUGGGUUUGCUACUACCUAAAGUCAUGUCUUUUUUGGUCAAACUGUGUAAACUGGAAAAACUCACGUCAUUGACGAGUUUGAUCACUUUAGGGUAUACUUGCACUGUUCUGGUGAAAUUUGCUGAAUUGAAUUUUUUGUUCAUUUCUCAAACCUGUGCUCUUUUUUCUUCAUUUUCUCCUAUUUCUUUAUUACUUUUGUUUGCUUCCUUUAUAUUUUUCUGUUUUUCAUUCUUUACUUUUUUCUCUUUUUGUCUAGUAGUGUGAGAAAAGUGAAAUUUGCAUAAUGAAGGUAAAAUAAAAACUGAGGCCUUUUGGAGGUGGCUAAACCAGUGCUUUGAUCAUCUUCUGGGCCCAUAAAAAUGAUGUCAAGAAGAUUUCAAAAGUUUGUAAUUCUGCUCGAGUUGGGACGUAGGGAUCCUAUGUUGGAGGUAUUAGAAUUGUUUAAACUUAGAAUAAAAGCAAGUAGGUUCCUACUGUACCUGCGCCACAUCUUACUGAUUGGUGCAGUUGCCAGGAGAGUACCAAGCUGGUCGUGGGUCAGGAAUCUGUGCAAAGGCACUUCCUUCUGCCUUGCAGGAUGCACACCUCCUGUGUCAUCACUGGCUAGUUUUCUGAAGUUAGAGAGGACUGCAGGUGUUUUCCAUUCUCCUAAGUGUUUGUUUGUUUUGAACUCUGUCUCUGUGACUUGUGCUUUUGUAGCUUCUCUCAUAUGUCAGAAUAACAUUAUCUUCCUUCCAGGAGUUAGCAUUUUCCUAUUU